AUGGGGUGCGCGACAACACUGGAGCUUCUGCAUCGAAGGACAUCGCGAUCGGGAUUCUAUAACUGGUAUCUACUGUUGACCUCAUCUAUUACAAUGGGUGGAAUUGGAAUCUGGUGCAUGCAUUUCAUCGGUAACCGAGCAAUUGUCCUCGGUGACGGACAGCAGGAAAUCCAAAUCCUUUACAAUGUCGCAUUCACCGGAACAUCGUUCGUUCUUCCCGUGAUAGUCCUGCUGACAGCAUUCUACUCCAUCGGCGUCGAAGAGAAAGCCGGCUAUCUGCGUAUCAUGCUUGGAGGAUUGUUGACUGGAAGUUCCGUAUGCGGUAUGCACUACGUGGGACAACUGGGCAUCGCGAAUUACAAGUGCUCCUACGCUGUCGCCAACGUGGUUGGGUCUGCUAUCAUUGCUGUAUUCUCUAGCACCCUGGCUUUGGGCAUCUUCUUCCGGUGGAGGGCGACUUGGACCGAUAGCUGGUGGCGACGAGGAAUCUGUGCCUGUUUUCUUUCGACCGCUGUGUCGGGCAUGCAUUGGACGGCGGCGGUUGGCACUUCCUAUCGAGAGCGCGAUGAGUCGAUGCAGCAUGGUACUCAACUGUCUCGCACUCAGGUGGUCAUCAUUUGCGCUGUACUGGCCUGCGUCUCUUGCGUGAUUUUGUCCGCCUGUGCAAUUGUUGCAGGUGGCAAUCGGCGACGAUCGACUACUCGUGCACACCAACUUGUUCUAGCCUGCGCCUACUUCGAUCCAGCCGGACGUGUGAUGGUUACACCCCAGGCCCUUCUGCCGACACGAAAGAUUGUCGAUCACUACAUUGGCCGAACCUUUAAAGACGACGACCUCACUCGCACUCAUCCUACCUUCCUUUGGGCUUUCAGGGCUAGCCGCAACUGGCCUGUUGUCAAAGACCUAAUCCCCUUCAUGCGAAACCGCCUCGAAUCCGAAGAACAAGCAAUCCAAAAACACGUGUUAUCUCGUGGAGUUGUCAUGGACAAGGAGACCGAGCUGCAAACAGAUUUCGAUACCCUCUUCAAGCAGCUCUUCUGUGUUACUGCGCAAGAGCUUUCGGACGAACUUCGCCAACCCCUAUCAGACUUGGGAACCCUGUAUGACAAUGUGCUGGCCACCGCGAUCCCCGUUUCACGAUUAUCACGCGCUAUGGGACGCUCCUCCCUGCGCACGGGUAAGGGUCAAUUAAUUUUCAGUGUUCGGCAAUUACAGAAGCACGAAGCAAACCGUUUCUCCUCCAACGGAUUCCGAUUCGCAACGAUCGAACACGUUACGUCAACCUUAUCCCGCCGUAUUCACGUCCCCGAAGUGACUCUCAUUGAGCAUCUCCGCGACAUGCGCGAUUAUGCAAGCUCGAGUCGCGGCUUCGGAGAAGGCGUGCAUCUUAUCUCUUAUGUGAUGCGACCUACCGUUCAAGAUCACUUUGAAAUUCUCACCACCAAGGGAACCGGAAAUCCACUCCCUUCUGCAACUCUUCCAAUGAAGCGUCUAUCCGUGCAGCAUCUCGAUCUGAUUUCACACAUGGAAGGCUGGUCCAUGAUUACGUGUCUGAAAUACCUACAAUCGAAAGCCGCGCAACAAACCGACAAGAAUAUGGAAGCAUUCCGCGAGCACCUUGUGCACGGCAUCAUGACGCUCGCCAAGUCAUUCCCAGAGGAUAUGCGUUUAGCAGCAACAUUCUCCUCCAGACCUCUUCUCGCCCCGUGCCGUUCUGCCCUUCGACGAUCCGAAGAGAACCAGCUCUUUUCCCAAUGUACCCUCCUCACCUUCUGUGUUGUCGCCCCUCUCGACACACAAGUACCCAACCCCGAUUUCACCUUCACUCCAUUCCGCCUCUUCCGCGUGCAGCAGCAAGUCAACGACGUUAUCGCCGAUCGAGAUGGCUUCUCUCGCGAACUGAACCAGGAAUUCUUUUGCACAGACGUCCGCUCUAAUUCCUCCGUCACCGAAUCAGAUAUCAAGUCAACAACGCGCUCGGCAAUAUUGAAACUCUGGCCCUCGCGAAAACACCACGCUCCUCCGUCAGGGCACUCUCAGGAGUCAUUAGUCGAGACAAACACAGUUCUGGGAGAUAUCACCGUCCAGAAAGAAGUUCGCGUCGACGUCACCCGGAUCAACGAGAACGCCGCGCAGAACGUGGGGCACACGCACGAUGCUGUCAUCGCUGCCGGAGAUGCUGUUACCACUCCUGCGACGUAUGUCGAUGAGUUGUACAGUCUCUGCUAUGCGCCGGGCAUCCGUCUGCGGCCAGAUUCGUCACUUCACGCGUUGACGGCUGCUCGAAAUCCUGAUAAGUCAUGA